AUGUCAGAAUCCAAAUCCAUCCACAUAGCCAUCGUGGGCGGCGGCAUAGGCGGCGUAGUCCUCGCUAUCGCGCUCUCCAAAUUCCCAAACUUAACCUUCACCAUCUUCGAAUCGCGCUCCGCCUUCGGAGAAAUAGGAGCAGGCCUAGGAUUCGGCGCAAACUCUCAUCUUGCCAUGAAAUUGAUCUCUCCACUGAUCUGGAAAAAUUACAAGAAAAGAGCGAGUUUCAACGGGUGGCCCGAGAAAGAAGAUGUAUGGUUUGAUUUCACGGUGGGAGAGAAGGGCGAGGGGUGGGAGGGGAAACGGAUCGCCGAGGUUAAGAUGGAGGAUGGUGUUACGCAGAGUACAUGUCAUCGAGCUCACUUUUUGGAGGAGUUGGUGAGAUUGUUGCCUGAAGGGUAUGAUGUGCAGUUUAACAAGAAACUUGUCGGUGUUGACCAGAGUAGUGAAAAGGUCUCGCUUAAGUUUGCUGAUGGGACGGAGAGUUUUGCGGAUGCGGUUGUGGGGUGUGAUGGGAUUAGAUCUGCUACUAGAGGUUUUGUGUAUGAUGAUCCGAAGUUGGUCAGUCCCAGAUUUACUGGGAAAGUCGCUUAUCGUGGAUUGGUACCGAUGGCAAAAACGGAAGCCGUAUUGGGGAAAGAGAAGGCUAAUAAUCGACAUAUGUAUUUGGGACAUGGUGGCCACGUUCUGACGUUCCCGGUGGGAAAGGGAAUGAUGAUGAAUGUGGUUGCUUUUGCUGAUAGUCAAAGUGAUACCUGGGAAGGUGAGUGGAUUCAACCGUUACAGCAUGAAAGCAUGACACGGGACUUUGGUCAUUGGGGAGAGAGUGUCGUGAAGAUCAUGGAGCUCAUCCAAGGACCUGAUGUCUGGGCCAUUUUCGAGCAUCCAGAGGUUCCAUCGUUUCAUGAAUCUCGUGUAUGUCUUCUGGGCGAUGCAGCUCAUGCAACGAGUCCGCACUUCGGUCAAGGAGCUGGAAUGGCACUUGAAGAUGCCUAUGUGCUGUCGAAUCUUCUGGGCUCAUGCAAGUCUAGAGACGAAAUUGAGAAAGCAUUCGAUGCGUAUGAUUCGGUCAGAGUGCCGCGUGCUCUUAAAGUAACUGCCAUGAGUCGCAAGCAAGGAGAACUGCUUGACAUGAAAGAGGAAGAGUCUGGAGAUGAUCUAGAAAAGAUAGCUAGCUCACUUAAUAAAGAGGUGAGAUGGAUUUGGGAUGCAGACUUGAGGGCGCAUUUGAAAGAAGCGGUGGAAGUGUUUGAGAAGAGUAGGUCCUAA